AUGCCCUGGAGUCUCAGCGGAGCCAGCGCUGCAUCCAUUCACUUGGUGAAGACAGUGUUGGGUGUAAUUAACCCUGUCCGCGCGGUGAAGGCCAGCCUGAGUCGAGGGACGUUAGACUUCAACCCGGAUCACAUCAGUCUAGCGGACUGGAAGCCCGUACUGUCAGCACUGGCCAUCAACAAACACCUCCAGCAUGUGUCCAUCAAGAGCUGUCACCUCACCAGCACUGGAGCUCAAAGUUCUUACAAGGCCCAUAAUAAGAAGAAGACUCCUGUGAUUCAUUCCAGGAAUAUGACGCUUCAGUUGUGUAAGGCUGUGCAGAAGUGCCUGUGUGAGUCGAGCAGCCUGAAGACGCUUCAUCUGCACGGGUUGCCACUGAGAGAGAGGGACCUCACAGCUCUCACCAAGGGAAAUGACAGGACAAGAAACAGCGAGGAGCCCAGGGAAGAACCGAUUGCAACAGGCAUCGGGGGCCAACCCUUGCGGUACCACAUGAUGGCUGUUCUGGGAUCCAUAUGCAACGACCUCAUUUGUCAGAGUGUGAAAUAUUCAUCAUCGAUUAAGACCGUGGAUUUCACUUCCUGUAACAUUACCUGGCAGGGAGCGGAGCAUAUGGCGAACAUCAUAAAGCACCAGGCAGUGAGGCGGCACAGUGCGGUGUGGGUGGAGACGCUGCGCUACAGGAGGGCUGAGUUUGAGGCCAUGAAAGGACUACGCAGAGUUACUCUCAACGACAACAUUCUGAUCGGAGACAGAGGAGUAAUGGCACUCACCCGUGAGCUUACAGAGGACCUGUGGGUCAAAGGAGCACAGAAAGACGCCAAUAACAUCAAGAGCUGUCUUAAAGUCCUUAAUGAAUGUGGGGAUAAUAUACCAAAAUUUGUAUCAUAUUAUUUGGACGAGCUGCCACCUGUGACUUUUUCCAGUGUGGACGUCUGUGGCCUUCUUCGGAAAGUUGAGCAGCUACAUGCUGAUGUAUCCGUCUUGAAACAUGCGAUGCACCGACAGUCUGAAACGGGUGAAGGUUUGAGUGCAGUCGCGGCGGACGUGAGCCGCCGGGUUUGCGCCCUCGAGCAGAACGCUGCCCACGGUGGUGCGGGCUUUGAUGCGCCGGUGAGCUGGAUGGAGAAUGCAAGCACCACGCGCACUACUCACUAUACGGAUGUCGGGGAUGCGGAUGGUUCGGCGGAGGUGCCUGAAACAACAGGUGACACACGCCGAGGAGAGGCUCCAAGACCCGUGCUUCAAGCAAUGGAGAGUAUUAUGCCAGCAGCUAGCCCUGGGUUGACCAGGCUGUCGCCUGGUUUACCCAAGUGGAACCAGGUUGUAAAAAGGGGGCGACAGAAGCGCACAGAGGAGUCUCAACAGGGAGUACGCAUUGGCAAAUCUGUGUUGGAACGGAGGGCAGCAAAAAUUGUUGUGGGCACUGGUGCGGCAAGAGACAUCAAGAUGAUAACAACAAAAAGGAGUGUCUUCAUGGUAUCCCUGGCAAAGUACAGCUGGAACAGGUCCAUUGGCGAGUGUACUGAAUGCAUAUUCACCUGGGCUCCUGGUGUUCUGCGGGGCAUGAACCUACUGGUUUGUGGGGCAGUAUCAGGAUCACUCUCGAUUUUCCAGGGCUCAGAGCUGUGUAUAAUGUGGUGCACUUCCUCCGCUCACCCACAGGUGGAGCUAGAAGAGUGUCGGCUGAGGCUGGCAGAGGAGAGGAACACCAGACUGAAGACCAACUCUCGCCUGGUGGAGCUGGAACUGGAGAAUGAGCGUUUGCGCAGUCUGAAUCAAUCCCUGUCUGAAGCCCAUCUCAACGCCUCUGUUCUAGAUGAUGAACAUGUGCUGGAAAGCAUCGAAUCCUCCUUCCACAAAUUCCACGCCUUCCUGGACCUGCUGAAAGAUGCCGGGCUUGGCCGGUUUGCGUCUAUGGCUGGAAUUGACCAAUCAGACUUCGGGCUUCUUGGGCAUCCUCAGCUCUCCUCAACAGAGCGGACACACAUCAGCCGAGAGAACCAGAGAAACGAGGAGAGGAGGGAGACUCCAGCCGUGAGCAGACAUAAGACAAACAUGACACAUUCAAAAAUUAUUUAA